AAGAUGGCGACAGUGACCAUUACUCUCCAGGUGAAUGGACAGCAAGGAGGGGGGCCCAAGCCAUCGGCAGCAGGAGACAAGUGGAAAGUUCCACAGGGCACAGAUUCCAUCAAAAUGGAAAAUGGGCAGAGCACAGCAGCAAAGCUGGGGCGGCCACCCCUCACACCUGAGCAGCAGGAGGCCCUCCAGAAAGCCAGGAAGUAUGCCAUGGAGGGGAGCAUCAAGAGUGUGUUGGUGAAGCAAACCAUCGCCCACCAGCAGCAGCAGCUCACCAACUUCCAGAAGGCAGCAGUGACAAUGAGCUUUGGAGAUCCUCUCUCACCUUUGCAAUCGAUGGCAGCUCCGAGGCAGAGGGCACUGGCAAUCACGUGUCAGGUGUAUGUGGGUUCCAACUACUAAGAGUUGGGAGAAGACACCAUCUGCCAGGCCUUUGCCCCUUUCAGGCCUAUCAAGAGCACAGACAUGUCCUGGGAUUCAGUCACCAUGAAACACAAGGGUUUUGCCUUUUUGGAAUAUGAGGUGCCAGAAGCAGCCCAGCUGGCCUUGGAGCAGAUGAACUCUGUGAUGUUAGGAGGAAGGAGUAUUAAGGUGGGUAGGCCCAGUAACAUCAGACAGGCCCAGCCCAUCAUUGACCAGCUGGCUGAAGCAGCCAGAGCCUUUAACCGCAUCUAUGUGGCCUCAGUGCACCAGGACCUCUCAGAUGAUGACAUCAAGAGUGUGUUUGAGGCCUUCAGCAAGAUCAAGUCAUGUACUUUGGCCUGGGACCUGACCACAGGCAAACACAAGGGCUAUGGCUUCAUCAAACAAGAAAAGGCCCAAUCAUCUCAGGACACUGUCUCAUCCAUGAAUCUCUUUGACCUGGGGGGCCAGUACCUUCGGGUAGGCAAGGCAGUUACACCGCCUAUGCCCCUGAUGACACCUGCCACCCCUGGGGGCCUUCCACCUGCAGCCACUGUAGCAGCUGCUGCUGCCACAGCCAAGAUCACUGCUCAGGAAACAGUGGCUGGUGCAGCUGUUCUGGGCACUCCAGCCAUGCCUGGACUGGUGUCACCAGUACUGAAUCUGGCCCAGCCACUAGGGGCUCUACCACAAGAUGUCAUGACAGCCCAGGCCCCUGGAGUCAUCAUAGGUGUAACCACUGCAAGACCCCCCAUCCCUGUCACUAUUCCUUCCAUGGGGGUGGUGAACCCCAUCCUGGCAAGCCCUCCAACACUAGGCCUCUUAGAGCCCAAGAAGGAGAAGGAAGAGGAGGAAUUGUUCCCUGAGUCAGAGCAGCCAGAGACACUAAGUGAGCAGGAGCACAUGAGCAUUUCAGGCAGUAGUGCCCGCCACAAGGUCAUGCAAAAGCUGCUGUGGAAGUAGGAGUCCACAGUGAUGGUUCUACGCAACUUGGUAGACCCCAAAGACAUUGAUGAUGAUCUGGAGGGAGAAGUGACAGAGGAGUGUGGCAAGUUUGGGGCUGUCAACCGUGUCAUCAUCUAUGAGGAAAAGCAGGGUGAGGAGGAGGACACUGAAAUUAUAGUCAAGAUCUUUGUGGAGUUCUCCAUGGCCUCAGAGACACACAAGGCUAUUCGGACCCUCAAAGGGCAUUGGUUUGCUGGCCAAAAGGUGGUGGCUGAGGUCUAUGACCAGGAGCACUUUGACAAUAGCGACCUGUCUGCAUGA